AUGGACCCCGACGCAGACUCUCAACGUCCGCUCUUCGCCUGCAUCAUCUGCCGAGCCCGCAAAGUAAAAUGUGACAAGGCACCCUCUGGCUGCACGCGCUGCCGCAGCGCCUCCGAGGAGAUUGACAACAUCUACCGCCGCGCCGGGCUCGAGCGCCGAAAGGCCGGCGCCUGCCACGAGUGCCGCGCCGCCAAGGCCAAGUGCUCCCAGAACAAGCCCCGCUGCCGCCGCUGCGAGGCCCGCGAUAUUGCCUGCAACUACCCGGCCUCGGCCUCGAGCAGCGGGACCGGGUCCCACCGGCAUACCCGGAGCCCGUCCGCCCGGGAUUUCUCCGUGCCCGAGGCCGCGACUGCGGCCCACCUCGGACCCGGGGGUUGGGCCUGCAACCCUCCCAAGGCAUACCAAGACGGCUACUCGUCAGAGAUACCAGGCCGACUAUGGGGCCGCAAAGCCAGAAAGCUUGUCAAAAGCCUCUCAUGCAUAUCAUCAGUCCAAAACCUCAUGGCCAUGGUCCUCUACGCCGAAUACGGCCUCCGCAUCGGCGACAACGCCUUCGUCUACAUGAUCGUCGGGUGCUGCACGCGCAUGAGCCGCCUCCUCCGCAUGGACGAAGAGGACAGGCGCCGAUCCGACGGCCUGCUCGACGACAACGACGACAUCCACGGCGAGGCGCUGACCCGCCGCGAGUCCAAGCGCCGCCUCAUGUGGUCGUGCUACAUCCUCGACUCCUUUGUCGGCGCGGGCGUCGACGGCAACUUGAGCUGGGCGACGGAUCUGCCGAAUAUCCCGCUCGCGUGCUCCGAGCGGAAUUUUCUCCACCGGACGAAUAAUCCGCCCGUCUAUGCGGAGAUUCUACGCCAUCUCCGCGACCACACGGCAGGAAACCCCGCCCGCGCCCCGCCCUGGGACGAAAACUCCACCUUCAUGACCCUCCUCAACCAAGUCGAAGCCUGGUGCCGCGAACUCCCCGACUUCCUCACCUUCAACGACAUCAACGUCUACAUCCACAAGGAGCAGCACACCCCGGGCUCCUAUUUUUCCUCCACCUCAUUGCGGCUCCGGCGCCUGGACGAUCACUACACGCCCACGGCGGCGUUCGAGUCGACCAAAGUGCACGUCGUGUACCUGACCACCGUGAUGGGCGGGGACCAGUCCACGUACGGGGAGUGCAUCGACCACAUCAACACCAACCUCAGGGUUUUGACCGAGACGCACCCGUACUCGGACAUGCCCAACGUCUACCUCUCCGCCCUCAUCCCCCUCCUCAAAACCUUUGGCUUCUCCGAUAUCGCCACACAGUGGGAAUCCCACCAAAACACCCUCCUCCACCGCCCCUCCCGCCUCGCCUCCGACGCCCUCACCCACGACCUCUUCGCCGCCCCGCCCGAAACCGCCUACCUCAACCAGAUCGCCACGUUCCGCCUCGCCCGCCGCCGCGACAUCGCCAGCCCCCGCACUUCGUCCUCCGCCGCCGCGGGCAUCGAUGACGAAGAGUCCGAGCCCCCGGAGCCUCGGCCCGGCGCGCAGUUCAUGGCGAGCUUGGAGCAGUUUGUGUCGACGGAGCCCGUUACCUCGCAUGGGGAUAGCAGCGCGGGGUUCGGUGUCACUGUGCCGCGCUACAUGGAUCAGGCCGAGUAUCUGAGGAUGGCGGCCGAGGUUGGGCAGUACAUGACGUGGGAUGUGGCGUUGCCUUCGCGGUUUGAUUCUCCGAUGGAGGAGUACUUUUCUACGCCGCCUGAAUUCGAAGGAGAGGGGUUCUACUAG